AUGGGUCCAGCUUCGUUCGACAUGGCACAUCGGCGUCUUACAAACCUCUCCAUCGACACAAACACGUUUCACGGACAGACAGCUCUGAUCUCCCCACCAGAGUCAGCCAACAGUGCUCGUCGUAGUUCUUACGACAUGAGCUUUCAUCAUGAUCCUCUUUCGUAUCAUCCCAACACCCCUGUGCAUUUUACUGGCCAAGACAUCUACAACGUGACCCCGUCGGAGAAGUUGAAGAUUGUUCUUCAUCAGCAAUAUCCUCCAAGCCCCGUGGACUUCGCUCAAGGUCAACAACACUAUACGACAGCAUGUAACUCACCAACAUGGACCUCGUCAAUGACCUUCACCCAGAAGCCAGAAGUGGACACGUCUUUCUAUCAGGACAGCUCGACGUUGUUGUCCACUGAUCAGGACUGGAACAGCUCGAUGAGCCAUUAUUCUCAGGUCGACUACGCCCCCGAUCCCAACUCUCUGUUCAUGCUGCCUUCCCAAGACCCAACAGCAUCGUUCAUGACAGACGUCGACUCCUCUCAUCAUGAACACCUACCGACAUUCAUUACACCCAGCCAGGCGGUUCAUCAACCAGAGAUGAUUGACUACAGCCUGAGCGUAUCCGGUUGGGGCGGCCUCCAGACCCCUGUGCAUGACAGCAACACCCUGCACUCUUCUUCUCCUCCAGAGUUCUCUCCUGUGACCCCUACCACUCUUGAGUUCUCGUUCGAAUCAUCUUACGUCAAGAAUGAAACCUCUCCUGCUUCUUCUUUCUAUGGCAGCACUUCUCGCUCCAGCCUCUCCAAGAAAGGCCGCAAGAUGAGCAAAGCCGACAAGCGCCGCGCGAUCUGCAAAAGCGUUCCUCUGUCCAAUUCGGCCAAGUCCUCCAUCACGUUCUUGACCGACGAGAAGUCCGAAGAAUUCUUCUACACCGGCAAGGAAGGCAGACAGAACUUAAAAAACGACGCAAAUUCCAAGAAACACAAAUGUAAAUUCCCCACAUGCGAACAAAGCUUUGCCCGCUCUGAGCAUUGUAAGAGACACGAAAACAGUCACUCCAAGGAACUACAUUUCUCUUGCUACAUCUGCGAUCAUCGUCUUGACCCCAACGAGCCCAAAUCCCGCUGCUCAGUUGGCAAGGCAAACAACGGCAGGCAGAAUCGCCACGACAACUCUCGCUCCCACCAUUGGACUCAUGUCAAGGCUUAUCUUGUGAUCCACGACGCUCUCGUCCGCGAGCGCAACAAGACGGCUAACAAGAAGUCCAAGGGUCGCAAUUGGCCCAUCUCACCUGAGCAAAUGCUCAAGUUGGUUAGAGCGAGAGAUACGCCUCAGCAGCAGGAUGUGGUGCUCAAGUUCCUGAACGGAGAGGCUGGCAAGGACUUUGGUGUUCACAUCCUUUGGGAGGAGGAUGGGUGUCCCGUUGUACCUUGUCCUGAGACUGUGGGAGCAGGAGGUUGUGGGAUGUGUAGGGCUAAGCAGGGCAAGGGGAAGAAGUGA